AAUGGUGUCUUUUGCUGCAGUUCCGGUGUGUGUGGCUGAUUUGAAUCAAAUGUGUUGAAGUCAAUGCUGGAUGUGCACAGGUUCUCUGUGAUCCAGUAUAAUUUUUAUUAAAUCGGCGGAGGAUUUUCGGAAUCUACUGCCACCAUGAAACUUGUUCGAUUUCUCAUGAAACUGAGUCACGAGACUGUAACUAUUGAAUUGAAGAAUGGUACACAGGUGCACGGCACCAUCACAGGCGUUGACGUGUCCAUGAACACACACCUGAAAGCUGUGAAAAUGACGCUGAAGAACAGGGAGCCGGUGCAGCUGGAGACUCUGAGUAUCCGUGGCAACAACAUCCGCUACUUCAUCCUGCCCGACAGCCUGCCACUGGACACACUAUUGGUGGACAUUGAGCCAAAAGUCAAGUCCAAGAAGAGAGAAGCGGUGGCUGCACGUGGUCGAGGCAGGGGUAGAGGUCGAGGGCGAGGGAGAGGAAGAGGACGAGGAGGACCCAGGCGAUGAAGAGCCUCUCCUUUAGAACUCUCCUGAACAAGACAAUUUACUUUUCUUGUGUUGGGGAAGUAUGGGUGACAUUUUAAUUUCAGGUUUCAGACUGAGGUUUCACAACAACAACAGCUGGAUUUUUUUGUAUUUGUGUUGGUAUGUUGUUUGCUUCGAAGAUUAAAUCUUCAGUUCUUUUCUGAA